GCAGCCUGAGGGGAGAGAGAGAGCUCUCAGGCCCGAAAACACCAAAACAGCCCAAACGCGGACAAACACGACCGUUCGGGAUCGAUCUGGAACCUUCGAUCAGGGAUCGAUCAGCGAGCCUCGGAGCGGCGGAGGAGCGGCGCGGAGCGGCGGGAUGGCCGGGCAGAGGGCUCCAUGUGAACCGGAGGACUAAUGCGGGAAACUUUUCGAACGCUAAAAAUGACAAGCAGCGUUUCCCACUCACUGCCAACCAUAGCUGUUGGGGCUGGAUGAGGAGGUGAGGAGCACCUGACAGAGCAUGUGCAGGAACUAACGAAUACAUUUUAACAGAUUUUGUCCAACCUUGGUCUCCCCUCCUUUGAGCUGUUGGCCAUCUUCAUCCUUGCCACCGCCACAGCCCUCACCCUCAGCAGCAUCCCACGUUGAGCCUGCACGGCAGGAGAGCCACACCUGAACUUUCAUGGCAGCGGCACUCUGAGGCUGCCAUGGCAGCUGCUGCCGCUGAUGCCUCACACCGUAUUACCGCACUGACGCCGGAGGAAGAGGGACGACGGACUGCCGCCAAGCUGUUUGGGAGCGCCGCUGCGCUGCCACGGACCGAGACAGAGCAAGAGAGAGAGAGGGCGAAAGAGAAAGAGAGGGGGAGGGAGAGGGAGGAAGAGGAGAGAGGGAGAGCGAGUGGGUACGAGUGUUUGGUGUGCGGGGGUCUAUUCCCCUCCCAGGAGAAGCUCCGGCUCCACGCUUUGAAUCACACAGGAGAGAAACCCUUCCACUGCUCCCAGCCGCACUGCCCCAAGGCCUUCAGCUCCAAGUACAAGCUCUUCAGGCAUAUGGCCACACACUCUCCUCAGAAGACCCACCAGUGCUCUUUCUGUGAGAAGAUGUUCCACCGCAAAGACCACCUGAAGAACCAUCUGCAGACUCAUGACCCCAACAAGGAGGCCUUCAAGUGCGAUGAAUGCGGAAAGCACUACAACACCAAGCUGGGCUACAAACGACACGUGGCCAUGCACUCGGCCACCUCUGGUGACCUCACCUGCAAGGUGUGCAUGCAGACAUAUGAGAGCACGCCGGUCCUCCUGGAGCACCUGAAGAGCCACUCGGGGAAGUCGUCAGGGGCUGCCAAGGAGAAGAAGCAUCCGUGCGACCACUGUGACCGCCGCUUCUACACCAGGAAGGAUGUGAGGCGCCAUAUGGUCGUCCACACGGGGCGUAAGGACUUCCUGUGCCAGUACUGCGCCCAGCGUUUUGGCAGGAAGGACCACCUGACGCGUCAUGUGAAGAAGAGCCACUCCCAGGAGCUGCUGAAGAUCAAGACGGAGCCCCAGGACAUGCUUGGGCUGCUGGCGUCAGCGUCACCACCUCGCUCUGUGAAGGAGGAGCUCAGCCCCAUGAUGUGUGCCAUGGCCCCCAACAAAGACCCCAUGAUGGGCAAACCAUUCCCCAGCGGGCCACCGUUUCCCAUGAGCAUGUACAACCCCCACCACCUUCAGGGGGCGGGCCACACCCACCCAUCCCUCAUGCCCCCGUCGCUGUCUGCUGCCAUGACCAUGAGCUGUCACAUGGAGUCAGCAGGGGCGCUCCACCCACACUCCCUACACCACCACCACCACCAUCACCACCACCACCACCAUUCCCCCCCACUGCCCCCCCACCACCAGCAGCAGCCCCCGCCGCAGCAGGGCGCUAAGUACCCUCUGGGCUCUACCUCAUACCUGCUGGACAAACCGCUCAAGGUGGAGAUGGAGAGCUUCCUCAUGGAUCUGCAGAGCAGCUCCCCAGGCCCCGUGCCCCCCGCCGACCCCCACUCCGCUGCUUCACCUUCCAAGGAUAGCCUGGAGGCCUCGGCGGGGUUGACAGAGGAGCUGUGCGUGGAUGGCGUCCUGUCCAAGAGCCCGGCAGUGCUGGCCGAGUCUCUGUGUGCUGCUAACAUGGACCUGUCCCACCUGCUGGGCUUCCUGCCCCUCAACCUGCCCCCCUACAGUGCCCCCAUGAGCACGGGAGGCCUGGUCAUGGGCUACACCUCCUCUGCCACCUCCUCCAUCUCCUCCAUCUCCUCUUCCUCAUCUCUGCACGCCACAGAGCCGCAUGCCGCUGCCGUCGCAGCCGCGGCUGCAGCCGUCGCUGCGGCACCUCUUACCUCUUUGCAACCGCAACCUCAACCUCAGGAGCCGCAGAGCUCCAGCGGGGGCCUGAGCCUGGGGCCCCUGCACCCCCUCCCAUCAGUGUUCAGCUCCAGCCUCAGCACCACCACGCUGCCUCGCUUCCACCAGGCCUUCCAGUGAGGGGCCCCGACCACGGUCCUGUCUGCGUGGCGGGGCCACAGUGCCUGAUCCAUGAAGUUGGAGAAUUUGAAAAAUGAACACAUGAAAGCCUUAAAUGAAAGCGCACAAAGCUUUUGAUUGAGCCUUAAAGGAAACGUUAACCCUGUACAGGAAGUUAACCCUUUAAAGAACAAGAAGUUAUUGAAAACAGGAAGUUAACCCUUUAAAGACAGGAAGUUGACCCUUUAAAGAACAUGAAAGUUAUUGAAAACAGGAAGUUGACCCUGAAAGAGGAAGUUAACCCUUUAAAGAAUAAGAAGAUAAACCUAAAACAGGAAGUUUACUUUUUCAAGACAGGAAUUUAACCCUUUAAAGAACAAAAAUCAACCCUUAACAGGAAGCUAACACUUUAAAGAACAAGAAGUUAACCCUUAAACAGGAAGUUGACCCCAAUAGAACAGGAAAUUAACCCUUAAAGAACAGGAAGUUAAAGCAGCGUGUGUUUAGGCUCCUAUCCUUUAGUUAUAACCUUUAUUAACCCUUCAUUGACCUCAUUUAUUCCUGUCAUGGUCGUAGUGUAGAGGCAGCAUCAGUAGGCCUGAAGGCCUGGUUCUGCUCACUGUCGACAGAAAUAAUACAAUAAUGUGAUUUUAUUUUUAUAAGAUUAUUCAAAUCAAACAUUUUCUGUCUUGUUGUGACCCAGAAGAAAAGAUUUAGUUUGAAGUGGAUAUUUUGUUUUUUUCUUUAUUUUACUUUUCUAAUGUUAGAAUCUGAGAGCGUUUCAAACCUCCAAUUACCUUAAAUCUGGCACCGUCAGCCAAUGAGGGAAGAGAAUCCUUCAGCUGAUGGUGAGAAGACAGUAGCCCCUGACCUUCAGAGAAAAAGUGUUUCAAACAAGACAGAAAUCAAAAACGCCCCAUUGGCCGCUGCUCCAAGAGUCAGCAUGGAUCAAACCCAGACCUUUAGGCCCCUCAUACUUUUAGGCCCCUCAGACCUUUAGGCCCCUAAGAGCGUUAGGCCCCUCAGAGCGUUAGGCCCCUCAGACCUUUAGGCCCAUCAGAGCGUUAGGCCCCAUCAGACCUUUAAGCCCCUCAGACUUUUUGGCCCCUCAGACAUUUAGGCCCUUCAGACCUUUAGGCCCCUCAGACCUUUAGGCCCCAUCAGACCUUUAAGCCCCUCAGACUUUAGGGCCCCUCAGACCUUUUAGCCCCUCAGACCUUUAAGCCCCUCAACUUUUAGGCCCCUCAGACCUUUAGGCCCCUCAUACUUUUAGGCCCCUCAGACCUUUUAGCCCUUCAGACCUUUAAGCCCCUCAACUUUUAGGCCCCUCAGACCUUUAGGCCCCUCAGACCUUUAGGCCCCUAAGAGCUUUAAGCCCCUCAGACUUUUAGGCCCCUCAGCCCUUUUAGCCCCUCAGACCUUUAAGCCCCUCAGACUUUAGGGCCCCUCAGAACUUUAGGCCCCUCAGAGCUUUAGGCCCCUCGGACCGUUAAGCCCCUCAGACCUUUAGGCCCCUCAGAGCGUUAGGCCCCAUCAGACCUUUAAGCCCCUCAGACUUUUUGGCCCCUCAGACCUUUAGGCCCUUCAGACCUUUAGGCCCCUCAGACCUUUAGGCCCCAUCAGACCUUUAAGCCCCUCAGACUUUUAGGCCCCUCAGACCUUUUAGCCCCUCAGACCUUUAAGCCCCUCAACUUUUAGGCCCCUCAGACCUUUAGGCCCCUCAUACUUUUAGGCCCCUCAGACCUUUUAGCCCUUCAGACCUUUAAGCCCCUCAACUUUUAGGCCCCUCAAUCCUUUAGGCCCCUCAGAGCUUUAAGCCCCUCAGACUUUUAGGCCCCUCAGCCCUUUUAGCCCCUCAGACCUUUAAGCCCCUCAGACUUUAGGGCCCCUCAGACCUUUAGGCCCCUCAGAGCUUUAGGCCCCUCGGACCGUUAAGCCCCUCAGACCUUUAGGCCCCUCAGACCUUUAGGCCCCAUCAGACCUUUAUGGCCCCUCAGACCUUUAGGCCCCUCAGAGCUUUAGGCCCCUCAGAGCUUUAGGCCCCUCGGACCGUUAAGCCACUCAGACCUUUAGGCCCCUCAGACCUUUAGGCCCCAUCAGACCUUUAAGCCCCUCAGACUUUUAGGCCCCUCAGACCUUUUAGCCCCUCAGACCUUUAAGCCCCUCAACUUUUAGGCCCCUCAGACCUUUAGGCCCCUCAUACUUUUAGGCCCCUCAGACCUUUUAGCCCUUCAGACCUUUAAGCCCCUCAACUUUUAGGCCCCUCAGACCUUUAGGCCCCUCAGACCUUUAGGCCCCUCAGAGCUUUAAGCCCCUCAGACUUUUAGGCCCCUCAGCCCUUUUAGCCCCUCAGACCUUUAAGACCCUCAGACCUUAGGGCCCCUCAGACCUUUAGGCCCCUCAGAGCUUUAGGCCCCUCGGACCGUUAAGCCCCUCAGACCUUUAGGCCCCUCAGACCUUUAGGCCCCAUCAGACCUUUAGGCCACCCAGAUCUUUCAGCCCUUCAGACCUUUAGGCCCCUCAGAUCUUUCAGCCCCUCAGACUUUUAGGCCCCUCAGACCUUUUAGCCACUCAGACUUUUAAGCCCCUCAGACUUUUAGGCCCCUCAGACCUUAAGGCCCCUCAGACCUUUCAGCCCCUCAGACUUUUUGGCCCCUCAGACAUUUAGGCCCUUCAGACCUUUAGGCCCCUCAGACCUUUAGGCCCCAUCAGACCUUUAAGCCCCUCAGACUUUAGGGCCCCUCAGACCUUUUAGCCCCUCAGACCUUUAAGCCCCUCAACUUUUAGGCCCCUCAGACCUUUAGGCCCCUCAUACUUUUAGGCCCCUCAGACCUUUUAGCCCUUCAGACCUUUAAGCCCCUCAACUUUUAGGCCCCUCAGACCUUUAGGCCCCUAAGAGCUUUAAGCCCCUCAGACUUUUAGGCCCCUCAGCCCUUUUAGCCCCUCAGACCUUUAAGCCCCUCAGACUUUAGGGCCCCUCAGAACUUUAGGCCCCUCAGAGCUUUAGGCCCCUCGGACCGUUAAGCCCCUCAGACCUUUAGGCCCCUCAGAGCGUUAGGCCCCAUCAGACCUUUAAGCCCCUCAGACUUUUUGGCCCCUCAGACCUUUAGGCCCUUCAGACCUUUAGGCCCCUCAGACCUUUAGGCCCCAUCAGACCUUUAAGCUCCUCAGACUUUUAGGCCCCUCAGACCUUUAAGCCCCUCAACUUUUAGGCCCCUCAGACCUUUAGGCCCCUCAUACUUUUAGGCCCCUCAGACCUUUUAGCCCUUCAGACCUUUAAGCCCCUCAACUUUUAGGCCCC